CUACUUUCUCCGCCAUUUUACCUUUUGGUGACUAGCUGGGGUAUUAACAGAGGGUGGGAAGACCGGUGUGGGCACCGUCGGGCCGUUCUGGGGGUCUUGCAAACCCCCUUCUUAAGUGAGUGAUUAAACGAUCACCGCAUUCAUGUCUAAAAUGUCAGGACAGAGCCUCAGUGACCGCCUCACGGCGGCGAGGCAUACCAUUGCCGGCCAAGGAUUGGCAAGGGUUGUGUGCAAAGCAACCACGGAGGAAGUCAUAGGGCCAAAGAAAAAGCACUUGGACUAUCUCCUCCAUUGCACCAAUGAGCCAAACGUGUCAAUUCCGCAGCUGGCCAACUUGCUCAUAGAGCGCACACAGAACAGCAACUGGGUGGUGGUCUUCAAAGCCCUCGUCACCGUGCACCACCUCAUGUGCUAUGGCAAUGAGAGGUUUACGCAGUACUUGGCUUCCAGCAAUUGCACCUUUCAACUGGGUACAUUCGUCGACAAGUCUGGAGUUCAAGGUGCCCUCGACGUGGCGGGAUUCGACAUGUCGACCUUCAUCAGGCGUUACGCCAAGUACUUGACAGAAAAAGCAGUCUCUUACCGCACGGUGGCUUUUGAUUUUUGCAAGGUGAAGAGGGGGAAGGAAGACGGGACUCUGCGGACGAUGGCAACGGACAAGCUCCUCAAGACAGUGCCGGCACUGCAGGCACAAUUGGAUGCGUUACUAGAGUUUGAUUGCACCCCAAAUGACCUCGUGAACGGAGUGAUCAAUUCCUGCUUCAUGCUUCUCUUUCGGGACCUGAUCCGCCUGUUUGCGUGUUACAAUGACGGCAUCAUAAACCUUCUAGAAAAGUAUUUCGACAUGAACAAGAAAAACUGCAGAGAAGCCCUGGACAUCUACAAGAAGUUUCUCAUCCGCAUGGACCGGGUGGCAGAGUUUCUCAAAGUAGCAGAGAACGUCGGCAUUGACAAGGGUGACAUUCCGGACCUUACAAAGUACUUUGAUAUGUCGUUAAUAAACUUUGCUGCCUGCGCAGAGGCCCCCAGUAGCCUAUUGGAUGCCCUGGAGCAACACCUGGCGGCGCUGGAAGGGCGGAAGGGAGCGACAACGACCUCGGCCUCCACAAGGGCUAGCAACCUGGCGAGUGCGGUGACUGCGCUGUCGUCGACCAGCAGUGCCUUUGGGACGGCCGGCGGGACGGGGGACAUGAAGGUGGAUGAGGUGCGGAAGGCCCUCGAGGAAGAGGCCGCCAUCAUGAACCAGUUCAAGCCAGCAACACACGAUGCUGAGGAACGUCACCUGAAAGACACGGUGACGCUGCAGACGUCAGACGGAGGUGUCGGAAGUAGCAGCACAAAUCCUUUCCUGUCGUCGCCGACAGCGGAUCCUUUUGCGACCAGCAAAGCAAGCGACGACCUGCUCUGCCUGGGGAACCCAUUUGCUGAUAGCGUACAGGAACAGCCGCAGACAACGACGACGACGUUUGCCCAGUUCGCCACCAACGGUUUCAUCUCGUCGCAGCCGGCUACGACACCGCAAGGCAGCACGACGUUUGUGUCUGACGCUUCCUUCGCCGCCGCCUUUGGAGGGACAUCUUCAGCAUCUCCCGUUGGCCUGGUGCUUCCCACUCUGGAAGCACCCGUGGCUCGGUCGUCCUCUCCGUCUCCCACGACAGAACUCAUGCGCGGUGCGGGUACGACUCCGAUUCUCUCGCACAUGCCUGAACCUGGCUUCGGAGACCUGGAGGUUGCUGAGCCGGAGGUAAAGGAAGAGGCUGUCAUCUGGAGGGAGCCCUUUGGUGGUGGUGGUGGUGGUGGUGGAGGUGGCGGCAGUGGGAGCAGUCUUGGCACUGGUCUUGUCAUUGGUGCUGGCACCACUGCUGGCACUGGUACAGUUACUGGUGCAACUGCUGGUGGCACUGUCCCUGCUGCACCGCCACCUAGUGACUUGUUUGCCUUUGAACGUGAGGAGGUGAAACAGGUCAAACCUCCUUCGGCGCUGGAUGACUUAAAUUUUGCGAUACAGCAAGCAAUGGGGGGCGGCAAGGCGCCCCCCCUGCUAGGAACUCCUUUCGUAACACCCGAACCCUUUGGCUUUGGCUCCGGUGCGUCGUCACCGGCCAGGAGCGUUACAGGAGUUUCAGGUGGAGACUCCUUUGGAGACGUCCUCCAACCGAAGGCGCCAUCUGGGAUGAUGAUGAGCAAGUCUGGCGGAGACGUACGCACAGGCGGAGGACUCAUCAAGGGCGACCUCGACUCCACCCUGGCCAGCUUGGCCCAGAAUUUGGACAUCAAUGGUCCAAAGCAGGCCAUGCGCAAGACAGCGGGUGGUGGUCAUCAGUGGGGAUCCCCCAAGCCAGCAUCUAAGACUGGAGGCUCUAAUUGGGCACCUCCCGCCAUGGUCCCCAUGGCCCCAAUGGGUGGACCGCCUGGUGGUCCGGUGGGGGGACCGAUGGGAGCGCCGGUGGGUGGACCAAUGGGAGGACCAGUACCCGUACCAAUGGGUGCUCCCGUAGGUGCUCCAGUCAUGGGAAGCAUACCCUGGGGCGGAUCCCCGCAGCACGCCUUCGCAGGCCAGCCAAUGGGAGUAGCACCACCUGUAGGCCAGUGGAAUCCACACUUCCCUCCCCAUCUGGCACCCCAGCAGCCGCAGCAAGCCUUCCACGGUAUGGGCAUGCCUCCAGCAGCUCCCCCUCCGGCCAUGAUGGGGGGCGUUUUCCCUCCUUCGUCGGUCAACGACCCUUUCGGGGCCCUCUGAGAUCCCCUCCCCCCGUCCCCUUGCGGGUGCAGCACUGCACCUGGCGCAAAAUUCUGCCCCCCUUUUUCCCCUAUUUAUAUUAAGUACAUGUAUAAAAUGUAAAUCACGAGCGGCUUCUCCCUUCCUCCCUCUCUCUUUCUCUCUUAGGACGUGUACAGAUAAUAACGCGAGCGUUCGAGGUAGCGAAAAAAAAGAAUAAUAAAUGUUGUCGCUUGGUGAAAAAACCCCUGAUCCACGUUCGGGUGUUGCCAUCGCUAGCUGGAAAAUGUGGUCGUAUGCGUUUGUUUCAAUGUAGUAUUUGGCUGCACAGUCGAGAGGUGUCUGCUCCGUGUGUGACUUCUAGCCAUUCCAUUUUGCAUCGAAUGCUCAGGAGGUGGUGUCGUGAUUGGGCGAGUUCUCGGGAGCUUUUUGUUGAAAUAUUGUAUGAAAAGUUUAGGAAUGAAAAAAAAAAACUUGGGCUUCGACGAAAGCCAUUCAAUGGAGUCUGCGUGAAGCCAAAUAAAAGUUGCAAAUAAAGUUGUUGCCUUAUUAAAUGGA